CUGCAGCCUGCAAUUGCAAACCCUACCAAAGCACUCUGCCGGUGACCUGUGAGCGACAGAGUGAGCGAGUCCCCAAGCUCAAAACCAGAAGUGAAACAAAUUGGGGUCUGUCGCAGAAGCAAACAGUUAGGAUUGGACAUGGCACCUAUUGAUGAAAGUAUCACUCUCAAAAGAAAGCAAGUGAUAGCGUCAGCUCUCGUCAAGCACCUCUCUCUAGAUCCUGGAACUUCUUUGGGUGUCAGUGGCAAGGAUGAUAUUAUGAGCUUGUAUACAAAGAUAUUGAAGUCAUCAGGAAAACCUUUUCUGCAGAAAGAAAAUGAGGAGGUGAUGAAGUGGAUAGAGUUUGCAGAGAGUUUUCCUGUAGACUGUCAGGCGUGCUUAGAUGCUCUCACUGGAUUCAAUCAAGACUUGGCUCAGAAGUCUAUACUCUUGGGCAAUGGAACUACACCCUCUGAGGCUGAUGUCAUUGUGUUUUCUGUUAUACAUUCUUCAGUGAUUGGCCUUUCACAUUUAGAGAGAGAGAAAUUGACACAUGUGAUGAGAUGGAUGGAUUACAUUCAGCACAAGGAGGAGUUUGCGCAUCUGUUUGAAAAGAUAUUGCUCAAAAAACCUGCAUUUGAGUUUCUGUUGCAGGGUACAAAGGGUAUGGCUAAAGUUGAAGUGGAUUCAAAUGCAAAAAAGACUCUUGAAAGCACUAAGAACACAGAAAAAUCAGAAGCAGACAAGAGUACAAAGAAAAAUGUUGCUGGGAAAAAGGUUACAGAAAAUAAGGAAGCUGUGCCAGAGAAAAAGAAACCGUCUGAAAAGGAACGUGCUGAGAAAGAUAAAGAACUAAGUGUUAGUUUGCUGAACAUACAGGUUGGCCUUAUUCGCAAAGCAUCGAAACAUCCAUCUGCUGAUAGUUUAUUGGUUGAGGAGAUAGAUGUUGGGGAUGCGAAAUUGAGGCAGGUGGUCAGUGGUUUGGCAAAGUAUUGCAGUCCAGAUGAGUUGACGAAUCGUCGUGUUGUGCUGAUAACAAAUGUAAAACCUGGAAAGCUACGAGAUGUGAUGUCAGAAGGACUGGUCCUGUGUGCUUCUAAUGAGGAUCACAGUGUGGUGGAGCCCCUGCUCCCUCCAGAAGGUGCUAAAAUAGGAGAACGUGUCUCAUUUUCAGGGAUUGAUGGUAAGCCAGAAGAUGUCCUUAAUCCAAAAAAGAAGCAGUUGGAGAAAAUAACACUGAAUCUUUUCACCGAUGACAAGGGUGUGGCCACAUUUAAGGGCAUACCAUUUAUGACAUCUGGUGGGCCAUGCACAUCAUCCAUUCCAAAGGCAAGCAUCAAAUGACGACAGGGACCAAUUGGACCACAUUGUAGCUUACUGUUUACUGGUUAUAUAAAUUUUAGCUUUAAGCUCUAUUUGUUAUCUAGUACAAGAAAACACAUGUUAAAACAGCCAGGGGUUUUGAAUCAUGUAGUAACAUCAUCAGAUUCAAACUGUCGCAUUCAUUUGGAAUCUGAUGUUGCACAAAAUUCAGCAAGGUGAGUUUUUAAUCACAUGAACAAUUGUUAAAUCAAUAGAAAUUUUGAGUUGUCCUGCAA